AUGAAUAUGUGUAUAUUUUAGUUCAUAGAAAGGAGUUUAAAUAUCGAAAUUAUUAUUAUUCAUGUUAUUAUAGAUGUCAUUUUGCUUAUUUUAUAAUUAUAAUUAUAAUUAACAAUGAAUGAAGACACAGCUAAUUCAAAACAGGGUUAGUACAGUGUGUACAAUACUUACUUACAAGCAUACAUAGCAAAUUCCUUUCUUACGUAUAACUUUUCGCUUUCUUUUUUUUCCUUAAAAAAAAAAAAAGAUAAUAACAAUAAUGAACAGUGGAUUAUGGAGAAUUGUCCAGCUGAUGUAGUGACAUUAGGAAGAGCUGCUUGGGUAUUAUUACACACCGCUGCAGCUUAUUAUCCUGAUCGACCUGCACCUUCUCAAAUGGAAUCAAUGCGAUCGUUUUUAAAUUCAUUUAUUGACAAUUAUCCAUGUUUUAGUAAAGAGUUUAAAGAAUAUAUAAAAGAAGACCCUAUUAAAGUAGGAAAUAGAAAAAAGUUAAGUGAAUGGCUAUGCCUACAGCACAAUAAAGUGAAUCAAAAAUUGGGUAAACCUUUAUUUGACUGUUCUCUUGUAUUUGAACGUUGGUUAGAACAAGGGUCUCCAUCAAAACGAUAAAUUAAUUAUGUGACAUUAUUUAUUAUAUUUUUUUAUGUAUUUGUAUAUUUGUAGUAG